AUGUGGACAGUUGCGCUCCGAAAUGUGACAGACCAAUUCAAUAUUGCUUCGACCGGAAAGUUUAUGGAAAGUGCCAAUUAUCUGGAGAUCCAAAGACAAUCAGUCUCAACUUCAACAUCCACAACAACAACCUCCUCCUCUCUUCUCCUCUUGCCUUUCCUUCUGUAUCUCGAAGGAUGUGUCGGCGUCGACCAGUCUUGGUAA